AAAAGUUUUCUUAUCCACUCUACAAUUUGUUCAAGUUGUUGUUGUAUCCAACAGUGCCAUUAGUAUAAUUGAAGUACUUCAAACAUUAACAGUCGCCAUACAUUAGUGAGAUUGCAAUCUCUCUGUUUGCCUUAAAUAAUACUCUGUGUAAAUAAUAUAUAUCAAAAACAACAUGUCCAAGACAGUAUUGGAAAACAUUAGUGAAAUGCCUGCUUGUGUUCCUUCGGUGGGUGGCUAUUCCGCCCUGAUAGAGAAGGCCAUACAGACAACACGUGCUCAGGAAGGAACAUCUAUUCACCUUAACAUGUACUAUACAAUUGAUAAUAACCUUAUCAAUACAAUGAUUAUACAAGCCCUAGAAAAGAAUCAGUUGGAGGUGAUCAAAUUUCAACAACGUUACUAUGAAUCCAUAUGUGAAUCGGUAGAGACCUUGGAGAAAUGCAACAAGCAGAUACUGUUCUCAAGAAGAAAAUCAGCUCCACGUUAUCCCAACCAGAGAAGAGUAUCCAUGAGAAUGAGAAAUAGAGAUUUCAAUGGAUUUCAAUUAACAGAUGUAACCAAAGAUGCAGGUGAAGCAAUAGUGAUGGGGCAAAAAAUCCUCUUUACAUUCAAUAUCAUUAGAUUUACCAUUCAUCACUCUGAACAAUAUAGAACUCUGAUCGAUAUGAUUUUCUUGGGUGAUGUUCUGUAUACGAGUGUUUGCUGUGAUAGAUACAAGAGUUUGGAGAAUAUGGUCGUUCCACUCGAUCAAUUACUCAACGAAUGGAAACAGAGAUCAGUCAGCAAUGCUCCUUCUGAAGUGUACAAGAAGGAUUUUCUUCCCCAAAUGAAAAAUCAAUACGACACUGUAUUCCAUUUCAGACCAAAUCCAACUCUCACAACCAAGUUAAUUGAAAAGUUUGAGAGUGGUUGUACAGUUGAAGAGUUUGAAAUUUUGAGUAGAAUUUGUCAAUGUGUACCAUUGAAAACUAUUUACGAUUUCAAAUCUCUCGUUUCCAAGCUUAAAAUACUCAAAAAUAGUAAUUUUAUCUCCCAAGUUUUCUAUCCAAUCGAGUUGACUCUUCGUUUCCUUACAGUUUGCCCACUGACAGACUUUUUUGGUACCAGUAGCAUGCUCAGACUCUACUUGCCAGCUUACUUUGGUAACAAGAUUGCUAAGAGACAACUCAUCGAAUUGUGUGAGGAGUAUGAAUUUACAGUUGAAACCGAUCACUUUAUGGAUGCUCACGAAUACUCAUUCUGUUCCAACUUUCUCCCAAAGAAUGCCCUCUCCAACAUUUAUUGUGCCAGUAAAUAUAUGGGAGAUGAUGCUAGGGAGAUUUGUACCUAUGUCUUUCGUUAUUGGACCAAUCAUAGACACGAAGAUAUGAUUCAAUUGUUAAAGAAGGCGUUUAGAAUACUCAAUUUAAAUGUUAAUCCAAUCCCAUUCCUGAAUGAGUGGAGAGCCAUCUGCUGUUAUCUUUAUGCCUUCCUGGAAAAGGAUAAGGACAGUGUUGAAUAUCUUAAAAGUAUUGACUCUCCCCUCUAUUAUCACUAUUUGAGUUUGAACUCAUCUCAACCAUGUAAAUACAGAAAGGAAUCUCUCAGAAGGGGUUUAAUAGAAGAUGGAGUUAAUGAAGUCAUGAACUGUUCAGACUCUACCAACUUUGCUAUUAAACACCAUCAUGUAGAUCGUUUAUCAUUUGGCAAUGAAGAGUGGGUAUCUCACAUGAUCUCUCACAAUGAAGACGAUGUAGAUUAUGAACACUUAGUAAAUCAUGAACUGAUUGCAUGUUGUUAAU